UAUCUUUUUAGCUCGUCAUCUACCAGAAUGUCCUCUGCGAUUCAGAAUGUCCUCUACUGGAAUUUGCCUCAAUAUUGGGGUCUGAAUUUGGAAGCUCCACAAAGGACAAGGAACAAAUAUGCGAGUGAAGGAGGAGGAAGAAGAAUCUUUUUAAUGUCUGCAGUUGAUUUGGAGCAGUACAAGGAGUCGAAACAGGGGAGGGAGUAAGAAGAGACUUUUGCCUUUGUUCUUUGCAAGAAGUUACCAUCCUUUCUUUAUCUGAUUCCUUUUUCUUUUGCUCCUCUCAAAUCUCACUUUAUUCUCCCACCUCGAACUCACCCUACAAAGAGGGUAAUCCCCCUUGAUUCCUCUUGUGAGCACACAGCAUCAUCCCCCAAAACCUCCGUCUUAGGAAGAUCUUGCAGCCUCCGUUCAUUGCAGCAGUAACAGCUGCCAUGGCUUCAGUACCCGCCGAGCUCAGCCUCGAUUAUACACCUAACACUUACUCCAUCAUCCAGAAACAAAUCCCAGAACAGCAGCAGCAACAGCCGGCGAACACCCAAAAGAUUCAAGAGUUCCUGGUGCGCCUCGAAGAAGAACGCAACAAGAUCGAAGCUUUUAAACGCGAGCUACCUCUGUGUAUGCAGCUUCUAAACGAUGCAAUCGAGUGUUACAAGCAGCAGCUGGAGACGACGCGCCACGCGAAGCAGGGGGCGGCGCGGCCGGUGCUGGAAGAGUUCAUACCUCUUAAGAACAUGAACGUGGAUGGGGGCGAAGAGGGCGCUGUCAAUGUGACAUCUGAGAAGCCGAGUUGGAUGCUGUCGUCCCAGCUCUGGAUCCAACCGGGCGACGACGCGGCGGAGAAGCAAGUUCCGCUGGUGUCGGCGAAGAAACUGGAGGCGGAGCAAGCAAUCGACGUGAGCCCCAGGCUGGCGCUAGACGCCAAACAGAGGAACGGCGGUGCCUUCCUUCCAUUCUCCAAGGAGAAGAACAGAGGCGGGACAAGAACGGCCGCGGCGGCGCCUCCGUGCGCUCUGCCGGAGCUCGCGCUUGCGUCCUCAGAAAAGGUCGUUGAGGAAACGAAGUGCGUCGAGGCGGAAAGCGGUGGUGUCAAUGGUAGAAGAGAAAAUGGCGGCGGGGCAGAACACUGCAAGGAAGGUGGCGGCCACCCGAAGGAAAGCCAGGCGGCGCCGUCGUCGCCAGCUCAUAGGAAAGCAAGGAGAUGCUGGUCGCCUGACUUGCACCGGCGCUUUGUCAAUGCUCUUCAAAUAUUGGGAGGCUCUCAAGUGGCGACUCCAAAGCAGAUAAGAGAGCUGAUGAAGGUUGAUGGAUUGACCAAUGAUGAGGUGAAAAGCCACCUGCAGAAAUAUAGGCUUCACACAAGACGGCCAGCGCCGGCGCCACAGGCGGCGGCCACGGCACCGCAGCUGGUGGUGCUGGGAGGCAUAUGGGUUCCCCCGGAGUACGCCGCGUCGGCUGCCGCUCCCGCCAUCUACGGUGCCCAUCCGGGGGCUGCUCACUACUGUGCCACCACGCCCGUCCCACAAGAGUUCUACUCGACGGUGGCACCGGUGCCGCAGCAUUACCACCAGCUGCACCCGCAGCUGAAGCUCCCCCAACCGCCGACGUACAAGGCGAGGGAGGGGGAGUCGCCGGAGUCUGAGGCGAGCAGCGGAGAACGGUCGGAGAGCAUGGUGGAAGAGGAGGAGGAAGGCGAGGGUGAGGAAGAGGACGAGGAGACCGAGGAGCGUGAGGGGAAGGCGGCACUGCCCGCGGUCAAAGCCGAGGGCAAGUUCUAAUGGACGUACAUACAGCAGAAGCAGCAGCAGCAGCAAUAAUUAGACAGAGAGGAAGAGAAGCCUUACGUAGCUUUAGGAGAAGAACGUGACAAGGGCUUGUUGACUUGUUAUUGUCAUGAGAUUGUGUGAAACUUUUGUAAAGUUGACCUUGUUGUCUUCUUGAUAUAUUAUUGGGAGAGAGGUGGUGGAUAA